AUGGCGUCAGCGAUUUCGACCGCCGCUAGCGCUAUAAGCACAUUCAGCCACAGUCACACCGUCGCGGUGGUUUCCCGCGCGGAUUCCCGCCAUUCCUCCAUGACAUCCGCGCGCGGUGCUACAUCCGCGGGGUUACAGCCGUAUGCGGCGCAACUGGCCCGCGCGGGCUACAGCGAGAGCCUUCCGAGCGGGCAAUUCACAUUGCGCCGGUCGCUCGCGGAGCGGAACGCAUUCCGCGGAACUGCAGCCUCGCGCGGAAAAAUCUCCCCUAGAAAGGCUGCUUUAGUCUCCGCCAUCCGCGGCGGCGGUGGCGGAGGCGGUGGCGGAAGCGGAGGGGACGACGCGGCGGAAUGGUGGGAGCGCGAGGAGAGGCGCUGGGAGCGCGAGCAGCAGCGGUGGGAGCGGGAAGAGCUGCGGUGGGAGCGCGAGGAAGCGCGAUGGGCGCGCGAGCGCGCAUCCCUCGAAGCGGAGAUCGCGGAACUCGAAGCGGAAGUGGAAUCGCUCCGCGCAGCGCUCGCAAGCGCGGAGGGAGGGGGGCUGGCGCAGAGCUCCCCCCCUCUCCUCCCCCAGGCGCAGGCGCAGCUGGCGGAAGCGGUUGGCGGGGGAAUUGGCGGAGGAGUAGGGGAAACAGGGGGAAUCGGGAGUGAUUUGUCAAAGCAGCAGCUGCUAGUGCUGCUGCGGGGGCUGCUGCACCUGCUGCAGAUAACGACAGACAGCCACCGAGCCAGCGAGGUUGCCACGUCAGCGGCGAUUGCCACGUCAUCAGGAGUGAUUGCUGGCGCCGGUGCAGAGAGCCUGCUACAGCUGUUGGCGCCAGCGGCUUCAGCUACGGGCAAUGCUACAGCCGGAGGAGCUACAGCUGGAGGAUCUACAGCUGGAUCUACAGCCGUUGAUGGAGUUAGAUCUACGGCUGGCGUUGCAGGAGGAGCAACUGCAGAGGAAAUUCUGAGGAACAUUCCCGAUGCUGACAUCAUCGCGGCUGUAGCGUCGCGCACAGUGAACCCGCUCCCUGCUGACGUGGACGAGGGCGGUGCUGAGGUGGCAGGGGGUGCAGGGCAGCAGGAGGAAGGAGCGAGGAAGGUUCAGCGGAAGCUGAUUCGGGGGAUGCAUGGAGAUGACGUGGCUCAACUGCAGGUACAGUGA